GAAACGAGUUCCGGAGCCCUCCAACCUUUGCUCCAGCGAUCAUGGCUGCCGAGGAUGUGGCGGCUACCGGCGCCGACCCGAGCGAGCUAGAGGGCGGCGGGCUGCUGCAUGAGAUUUUCACGUCGCCGCUCAACCUGCUGCUGCUCGGCCUCUGCAUCUUCCUGCUCUACAAGAUCGUGCGCGGGGACCAGCCGGCGGCCAGCGAUAGCGACGACGACGAGCCGCCCCCGCUGCCCCGCCUUAAGCGGCGCGACUUCACCCCUGCCGAGCUGCGUCGCUUCGACGGCGUCCAGGACCCGCGUAUACUCAUGGCCAUCAACGGCAAGGUGUUCGACGUGACCAAAGGCCGCAAGUUCUACGGGCCCGAGGGGCCGUACGGGGUCUUUGCUGGAAGAGACGCAUCCAGGGGCCUGGCCACGUUUUGCCUGGAUAAGGAAGCCCUGAAGGACGAGUAUGAUGACCUUUCUGACCUCACUCCUGCCCAGCAGGAGACCCUGAAUGACUGGGACUCUCAGUUCACUUUCAAGUACCAUCACGUGGGCAAACUGCUGAAGGAGGGGGAGGAGCCCACCGUGUACUCAGAUGAGGAAGAGCCCAAAGAUGAGAGCGCUCGGAAAAAUGAUUAAAGCUUCGGUGGAAGCAUAUCUAUUUUUGUAUUUUGCAGAAUCAUUUGUAACAUUCCAGUCUGUCUCUAAAACAUGGUGAUUUCAAUAUUUAGAAGAGUUUUGAACUUGCUGUACAUUUUUUUAAUUAACAUCACUAGUGACAGUGAUAAAGCUAACCUCUGUCUUAGACUGCAUGAUGUGUUUGUGUGUCACAAAUCCAGAACGUGAACUGCAGUGCUGUAAUACAGACGUUAUUACUGUUUUUUCUUCUAUCCAUAGUUAGUACAGGCUGAAUUUGGAUUCGUUUUUUGCUUGAGAGACAGGUAAGACGUGGGUAUUUCCCCCCAAACAGGUAAAAAUGUUAAACGUGCAAAGUCCUUCAAGCACCAAGGAACAGGGGAUCAACUUUUAGUCGUGAGGUUCUCUAAAUGAGACAGCAAAUCCCUUAUUUCUCAAUUGACCCAACUGCAUGAUUUCUGUUUGAUCUACCUCUAAAGCAAAUCUGCAGUGUUCCAAAGGCUUUGGUAUCGAUUAGAGAGCUCUCCAGAAACAAAAUGAAAUCUCAAAGCUGGGGCUCUGUCGGAAGCAGUUUCCUUGCCGUAUUUUCAUACUGCAUCGCUGUCCUUGUCCACCCUGGGACACUCAGAGGCCCUCACCAACGUAGUCAUCCACGGUGAGGACUAAAGCGGGACCUGAGCACCCAGUGGCGAGCCCUGGGGACAAAAUCAGCCGGCUUGCCUAGAAACCGAAAUAUACGAGGAAGAUUGAAGUCCUAUCUUCCCUUUCCCCGUGUUCACGGCGGGGCAGUGGUUCUUUCACACGAUUGGACAGAGAGAGGGGCCCCGCAGAGUAGGACCGGGCGGUGGCUCUCCUAAGAGCCUCCCCCCACACCCCCAAAGCUCAAGGGAACAGUACGCAUUACCAGCCAGGCGGUUUUUAAAGUAAAGCGUAUUCAUAAAGUGAACAGUUACUCUUCUGUUACAAAACUUGUAGCCACUGCAAGAGUAGUAAGCGUCUUGGUCUUUGAUAUUGGUCGUCUUUUGGUUAACAAUAAACUUAGCUGAAGUAGACUGUACAGUUGUUUGAAUUGUAAAAGUAUUAUAUGAACAACUAGUGAGGUUUCAAACUCUUGUAAUUGUAGUUGAAUAGUCAUUGUAUUUUUCUUGUGAACCGUGUUUAAUGGUUUUACCUCAAAUCAGAAAACAAAAUGAAGUGCUUUGGUCAGUUAAUAAAAUGGUUUUACCCGGUA